CUUGCUCUCCGAGGCCAGACCUCGGGCCGCCCAUGCCAGCCCGAGCUCCCAUCACCAAGCCAGGCCCCCAGGUGCAGGCCCUCGCGGGCGCGGCGCAGAUGGCCCCGCCACGGACGUUGCUCAACCAGAAUUUCCAGGUCAGGAACACGUUCGUCUACGACGCGUGUGCCGACGCCGAGUCGCCGAACCACGGGCUCCGCCGCACCAGCUCGGAGCCUGCGAUGCCCGUUGCGGCGGCCGAGCAGCGGGGCCUCCCGGGUCCUCAUUUCCACUCGCAGCGGCCGACCUCCAGGCAGAGCGACAAAGAGUCCGACGAAGAGUCCGACGAAGAGACGCCCGAGGAGGGCACCGCCAGGAGACGGGAGCACGUCAGGACGGAGGAGCAGCUUCACGUAUUGUGGCGGGUGGAGUGCAUGAAGACCACCGACGGGAUGCUCGAGACGGCCCUCCAGCAUCAGCGCUACCUCGACGCGGGGACGACCGCCGAGGUGCUCCACAUGGCGGCACGGAAGGCCCACGGGGUCACCCCGAACAGGCUGCUGCUGCCGCUGCUCGCGCGGCUGCAGCAGGGCAUCGGGGGCCUGCGGAGCGGCAGCGACCUGUCGCGACUCGCGUGGUCCCUGGGAAAGCUUUGCGCGCGGGCACACCCCGGCUCCGCGGCGCACCCCCGCGGCGUCGAGGGGUGCAUGCUGCACAUCUGCCGCCAGUGCCCCACCGUCCUGGCCGAGUGUUCUGACCUCGACCUCACCAACACGCUCUGGAGCCUCGCCCGGCUCUACCCCGGAGCUGGCGGCGACUGCGCGGGGGGCAAGCCGCACGUGAGCAGCGCGGCCCAGGCCAUCGUCCGCGCCUGCGUCGGGAAGGCGGCGGUGCUGACGGCGCAGUGCCUGGCAACCUCUCUCUGGGCCAUGGCGCGCCUCAAGGUCCACGGGCCCGACGCGAGGGAGUUCGUGGUGCGGUCCGUGGCGCAGCUCCGCGGCGCCGAGCAGCUCCAGCACUUCACGACGCAGGGCCUCGCCAACGUCCUGUGGGGCCUGGCGCAGCUGCGCGUCGCCGGGGUCUGCGGGGGCCCGGCCGACGGCGCGGUGCAGGCGGCGCUAGUCUCGCUGGCAGAGGCGUCCGCCCGGCGCCUGCGCGACUUCCAGCCGCAGGAGCUGUCGAUGGUGGCGUGGUCGUUCGCGAAGCUGUACGAGUCCAGGCAGGGGGACCGCCAGCUGCGGGCGCGGGGAAGCCGCUGCUCGGCGAGGCCGGCCAAGGUGGACGGUAUGCUGUCGAGCCUGGCCGAGAUCGCGACGCAGUGCAUCGACAAGUUUGAGGACCAGGGGAUCUCGAACAUCGCGUGGGCGCUGGUGGUCCUGGACCUCGCUGGGUCUACGUCGGCCUCGUCCCCAGAGCAGGCCUUCCUGGAGGCCGCCCUGCGGUACUGCUCCGUAGAGCUCAGGGCCUACUCGACUCAGGCCGUGGCGAACCUCACGUGGGCUUGCGUGCGCAUGGACUGUUCGCGAGUGAAGACUAGGGAAAGAGUGAGUGAGUUUUGCUCCCUCGUCGCGGAGAUAAUGACGUCGCGCAUGAUGGGCACGACGGGUGAGCAGCACGAGAGGCAUGGAAUGAAUAGGACGGUGUGCUGGAAAGACCUCUCCGGCGUAGCUGCGGCCUUCUCGCACUUCAGACAGAGGUCCCGACCCGUGGAAAAUUACAUGACGCUGCUGACCCACCAGACAGCGGAGCAGGUGGCCAAGGGCAAACUCACGCCGCAGCAGAUGCUCAACAUCGCCCAGUCUGUGGCCAGGGCCAAGGUGCCCCGAAGCGAGAUGCAGACGCUGGUGAACAACAUCGAAGCCUGCAUCGCCACCCGCGGACUGAAGCUCAACAAGAUGGACGUAUGUCAGUGGAGCGAGGUGCAGCAAUGGUGUCCGCCGCGCUUCGACGACCAGUGCCGCCCACCCACCACGGGGCAGCACCGGUACCAGCUGCAUCUCGCCGGCCGCACGUCUUGGGGGGCCGGGGCCGCGCGCCGCGAGAUGCCUGCAGGCACAGGCUUCCACAUGGACGCGUGUCCGGCGAUGUCCCCCAACAUGGUGAAGGCUUUCGACGGCUGGGGCACGUCUCAUCGCACGGGCUCCAUGCCUUCGCCAGUGGCGUACCCGCAUCCCAGCAAUGGUAUGCGGGCAUACCCGCACACCUGGUGACCGGCUGGCGGUAGCGUGCCCGCAGGGGAGGUGGCCUGUUAUGGAGGAAGGAGGGGUGUUCCUGGGGCAUCGGUAGGCACGGGGCUGCCAAGACUGCGCCUUCGCUCCGGCGCUCCCGCCCUGCCAGCCUUUCUGGCCGCCACGGCCCCGAGGCCCGCGCAGUCGGCACGGCGCGCUGGCGGCGCGCGGCACGACGCCGCGGGCGAGUGGAGCUCGCUCCUUAGAGCAUCGGGGUACGCCCCCUGCCGGUCCCAUGAGAAGUCUGGGUCUGCGGCAAAUCUCACCCGCAGGGAAUGCUGCAAGUCGCACCCCACGGCUCCUUGGCGGGCGUUUCGGCGUGGAGCCCCUGAUGCGGAUGUCCUGUCCUGUCCGACAGUCAAGACACUCAAAGAAGGAUCGCUUUGGGCUGGGGUUUUCGGGCCGUUCCUCAAGCUUCUGUCGUGGAAACCUGUGUGUGUGUGUGUGGCAUAGGCCCGCCGUGGCCAGAAAGGCCGUUUCGUUCCUCACUGUUCGUUCCUUAUGGUAGCACGAUGACUGUGAGCGGCCGGGGGAGCAGGAGUGGCUGGCCUGCGGCGGGCAUGUUUUUUCGGGGGCUGUCCACGGGACACCCCGAUAAGAUGGUCGCGGGGGCGUGGGGCCCGCGCCACACGUUUAAUUAUAAGAAAAGUUGUUGGGGCGGGUGGCGCGGCUGGCUGACGCAUGCCCCCCGCUCCCACGACAGCAGAUGCCGUUGUGGCGUUUGCACGCUGACCUUGUUUUUUGUUUGUUUUUUGUGCCUCUCACCUCCCCCCGAACUCUCGGGUAGGACGGAAGGGGGGUGGGGACCUAGGAAGGGAUGUGCACGACAUUUGCUGAACGAAAUCGAUUUCCGCCCCUGCCGCCGGGCGCCCUCCUCGGUGCACCAGCGCCGCCGGCGCCGGGAGGCGCUGGAAGAGCUGGUUGCGCGAGCUGACUCGCCAGCCCCUCCUUCACAAAGUCCCCUUUCAGUCCGACACGAUCCUCCUUCCACUCCCCCCCCCCCUGCAGAGCUUGAGUCAGGAAAACUGGCUGCGCGAGCUGAUUCGCUAACCCCUCCUUGACAAUGCCCUCUCCUAGUCCGACACGAUCCUCCUUCCUCUCCCCCCCCUGCAAGGCUUGAGCCAGUGGGACGUUUUGACGAGCGAUCGCCGCAGCCCCCUGUCGCGGAGGCGACUCCCGCGCGUCGCCCCGAGGCCUGCUGCAGGUCCGACCGCCGUCGAGGAGGAUGACUGGCCCAUGGUCAGCACAGAAUCUGGUCGAGGCCAAUGCCUCGGACCGCCCGUUUGCCAGCGCAGUCCGGCACUUUUUUUUGAUCAUAAGUUGGAGAAGGGCGCCACUCGGCUCGAGCGGUUGCCUGAAGAGUGGCUCGUGCCACGUUUUUCAUUUGCCUGCACCAAUGACGAUGCUUCCGGCUACAGGCAGGGUCGCGGCAUCAGCGGGCUCUGCCAGUCCCGUUUUCCGUUUUGAGCUGCGCCAUGCGCGGGUGGAAGCCCCCGCUCAGACGUCUUCGUCAUCCUCGUCGCGGAAGCCUUCCUGGAACUGAGCGGGCACUCCAGGAUUGAAUUAUGCCCUGCACGACCUCGAGUUGUUUGAUAAGAGUGGACCAGGGAGCGCGCGCCCCGCAGCAAAGGCUUCUUUCCAC